GUAAAUCAUUUAAUGUCUAAUAACUUGGUAAAUAACAUAAAUAACUCAAAACAAAGUACCAUCAUAGAUCCGUUCUGUAAACAAGCAUGGAUCGAAUAUGGACGCCGCUUUUGCAUUAAUUCUAUAACCGGUUUGGCGAUCGGAGCUGCCUUUGCGUUUGUGCUGUUGGGAAAGCCUACACAUCGUGCGGCCUCUAUGGCCUUAGGUUUGGGUUGGGGAAUUGGCUCUUCGUGGUCCAGAACAAACAUUGACAUUCACAAUCGCCGAGAAGCAAAGAAGAAGCAUAGAGAUUAAAUUGAUUAUUAUAGUGAGU